UAGUUCUAGCGAAAGAGAAACAAUUGUAGAAUUUUUUAUUUUUUACCAGAGAAAAUUUUUAAUUUUAAUAAUUAAUUAAAAAUAUAGGGCAUAUCUGCAGGGGUGUGCACUUGGUAGCACUAACAAAAUAAUUUUACUAUACUUAUAUUUUGUGUGAACAUAGGUAUCUGAGCGUGUAAUGGCCGGAAUGAACAAUUAUUCAACAUUAAUGUAUGCAACAAAUCAAAAGAACGAGGACGAUGAUAGUGACGAUCCGGAACAUCAAACCCGACUACGUAACAUUUAUAGGGCUGACCAGCCGCACGCAUCAUUGACGACCACCACAAACGUUACAGCAGCGGUUGGCGCAAGUGCUAUAGUACCACCCAACACUUUAAACUUGCAACGGUCACACAUACAUUUUCCGUCACAUGAUGAGCGUUCACUGCAUACACAAAAUUAUCUCGAUAGUUUGGGCGGUUCGAUACAUGACAUGACAGCUGGAGCUUCAACGGGCUUAAAGUAUGUCAACUCGGAGCGUGAUCUCUCUUUACCGCUAGAAAAACAUAAAACACUCGACAAUUACUAUGACAGUCAAGAAGAUGAAAUUUCCAUUCGCAAGUAUCUCGGAAUUGGUGUUCAGUGGGUCAGCUUGGUCACCGAAAAUUUGCUCAGUCAUCCUUUCAUCGUAUUGCGUCGGCAAUGUCAGGUUUACAAUGCGUCCAGACGUUAUCAUCUGCAUCCGUUUGCACUUGUGCCCAGCAUCAUACAUCUGCAUCGGAGACAAGGUGUCACUACACUGUGGAAAGGUUUAGGUAGUUGUCUGCUCGUGCGCGGCAUGUCUUUAGCGGUAGACGAUGUUAUCUCUAAAGUAACACACUGGCCGAAGGAAGUGGAUAGUCGCACAUCGCUAAAACGAUUUGGUCAACACUUAAUUUUGAAAUGCGUUAGCAUUGCCAUUGUGAUGCCCUUUUACUCCGCUUCCUUAGUGGAGACAGUACAGAGCGAUAUUGCUAGUGAGAAACCAGGCCUCUUCGAUGUCUUUCGCGAAGGUAGUUUACGUUUGUUGUACUGGAGUUCACCACAAAAGGGGCGCAUGCUGCCAGCAUGGGCUUUGAUUGGCCCUUGUAUGUCCGUGGGCAUUACAAAAUAUUUAUUCGGACUUGUCAUCAAAGGCAUUUCAUCGCGAAUAAUGCGUCGUCGCAUCCAACAAGCGCAAGAACGUAAAGGUGCUAAGUACAAGGACGACACUUUGGAGAAUCAGAAUGUAGAAAUUUACUCGAAUCUAAUUUCGAUGCUAACAACGGAAGUGAUAUUCUAUCCGUUUGAAACAAUUUUGCAUCGUAUUCAAUUACAAGGCACUCGCACUAUUAUUGAUAAUCUUGAUAAUGGCUAUGCCGUUGUGCCAAUACUAACCAAUUAUCAGGGUGCUAUCGAUUGUUACCGUACCACAGUGGCCACUGAGGGGUUUUCGGGUCUCUACAAAGGAUUUGGCGCCAUAGUUUUACAAUUCGCUGCGCACAUAGCAGUUAUAAAACUAACAAAGUGGGUUGUUACGCAGAUAUCAGAAGUGGUUUCUUGUCGGCCACCACAAAAAGUUAUGCAAUAUUAUAAUUUGGAUCGUGGACUCAUCUCGAAUUCGACUACAAUUUCACCGAGCCUCAGUUCUAACAGUGAACUGGAUGUACAAAGCAUGGGAAAUCACUCGGUGGAUUGAUGUGAUUUUAUUACGUUGUGAUUGGCAUUAAAUAACCACUACAUUAUUCCAGCGUACAGACGAAUAACCAGUUAAGAUGUCAGUUAAAUACCUAUAUUUAUAAUAGAUUAAAAAAAAUUGCUUUCUAGUUACAAUCAAAACUGAUACUAAAUUUAACAAUAAUAUUUAAUAUAUCGUAUUUAAAAUAUAGAUAUAGCUAAAUUGCAUGAUUUUGUUAUGGAAGAUUAAUUAGAACGAUAAA